UGGUAGUGGUGGUGGGUGGGUGGACAUGCUGGCGGGAGGCAGAGCCAUCAAUUCCGUCCCGUACGCACCGCCGCUGUGCAAGACAGAGAGACCCGCGCGGCGAAGUCAGUGAUGCGUGAGCCACGUCACGGCCACACUCAGUCACCGCGCGUCGCGUAGCCUUCGCUGCACACGGGCGGCGCCUCGCCUCCACCAGCCGGGCCACCACCUCCGCCACGGGACGAUGAGAUCGCUGCCGGGCGCUGGGGCCAUCGUGGCCAGCGACCCAGCGCGCCGGGAGGUCGCGCUGGGACGGACUCAGUGGCUGGCGGGGGCUCUGGCGCUGCGCUUUGGCUUGGACCGAGGCGUGGAGAACGAGGUGGCCGUGCUCUCCACGGGACUGGACCAGUACCUGCAGGAGACCUUCCACCACCUGGACUACCGCGGCCGGGGCACGGUGGAGGCGCAGGACUUCAGGGCACUAUGCGAGCUGAUCGGGGUCGGUGGGGCGCGCGGGAUGAAGGGCGAGAAGCAGCAGCAACAGCAGCAGCAGAAGCAGCACGAGGUGCAUGAUGGAGAUGCCGAGGGGAAGGAGCGGGGGGAGCAGGAUGGAGAUGCCAAGGAGAAGACGAAAGAGGAGGAGGAGGAGGCGCGAGGGGUCUUGGAGGAGCUGCCCGAUGAAGUGUCCUUCGAGGAGUUCCACGCGCGCCUCUGCGGCUUCUUUAGCGAGAAGGGGGGCACGGUGCGGGAUUGGGGGUGCUUCACUCUUGCGCCCGCAGGAGAGGAGCGCGUGCACGUGGAGGCGCGCGUAACCAGAACCGGGCCGCUGCGACGCAGGAUGACCACCACCACCACCGCCGGCAUCACCAGCAGCAGCACCCCCACCUUGAGCAUAAGCACCAGCGGGAGUAGCAGCAGCAGCAGCAACAGGCGCAUCAACGGUAGCAGCAGCAGCAGCAAGGUUGUGUCCUUCGACCUCGAAGGCAGCGAGAGACUCGCAAAAGCGCGCACGUUCCCUGCUCCGCAGCGCGCCGCGCGCUCCUCCUUCGCCCCCUCCUCGUCCUCCUCCUCCUCCGCGUUCUCCUCGCCGGCCCAUUGCGACGGAGGCCGCUGCUGCGAGCUCGUGGUGUCGCUGGAGCAGUUGGAGGACGAGACGGAGGCGCUGCGCGACGAGAACGAGGCGCUCCGGGAGAUCGCCGAGGGGAUGCGCUGCGCCCUCCAGCGCUCGGACGCGCGCUGCCUGGCGCUGCACGUGGCGCUGGCGCGGAGCCACGGCGCGCACGACGGCUGCUUCCUAGCGCGGGGGCACCCCGAGGGCGAGACCCUGGCAGCCGGCAACGGGACGAGCGAGGAGGCUCCGAUGGGCGCCACGGCGGGGUGGCCCGAGAGGAGAAUGGUCCUGAGGGAGCUGGAGCUCUUGCGGGGCUCCAGGGACCGGCAGGUGGCCGAGGCAGCGAGAUUCUGCCGGGCGCUGGAGUCGGAGCUGCGCGCCGCUCGCAUUGCGAUGAGCCACGUGCAGGAGAGGCACUGCGCUCAGCUGGCCAGGCUGCAGCAGGAGGCGGCUGUGGCCCACGGCCGCUGGGCGCGCGAGCGGGCCGAGACGCUGCGGCGGGCCGAGGAGGCGCGCCGCCACUUACUAGCGGCGCUGGCGCUGCCCGGGGGCGAGCGGAGGGCACCCGUGGGCUCCGCGGGCUCCGCGGGCAGCAGCGAGUGGAGGAGCGGCGGCGGGCAGCGGCGACGGGAGGGGGUCCUCGGUGCCAGGCCCACGAGCGGGAGCAGCAGCGAGGUUGACGUGGACGGGAGGACGGACGAUGAUGUCACCUCGUCGGAGUGCUCGUUAAGUUGCCCGUCCUCAGUGGGAGUUGGAGAGGACAGGAUGGCUCGCGCGGUGGAAGGGAGAGCCUCCUCCGACGAGGAGGAAGGGGACCCGGCCUCUGGUGCCCAGAGAAAACCCCUGUGCUGCUGCGGGAAGGGGUGCGACGGUGCGAUGCCCCGGCGCACCGGAACGGAGGACGGCCCGGCAGCAGGGUCGGCACAGGGCUCGUCACGGUCCGAGCUCCGGGACAGAUUGGAGAAGCUCCGCAAUGAUUUGGCAGAGAAAGAGAGCGAAUUAAAGGAUCUGGCGAGCGAUCGCGACGGAACGAGCGUGGCCGAGGAGUCUCCCGCGUGGCACGGGGACGAGAGCCGCGUGGUGGCGGCGGCGGCGGCGGCGGCGGCGGCGUCACCGGCGGCCUCGUCCCGCGAGAGCGCGGAGAGGCUGCUGGCCGAGCUGCAGCUGGUGGAGGCGGAGAGGGUGCGGCUCUCGCUGGUGGAGGAGACGCUCGUCGACGUCGUGACGCUGCUGCGCCAGCUGCGAUCUCGGAAUAUUUCAAACCGAGUGCUCGGGCGGACCCUGCUGGAUUGUCUGGACUCCUGCAAAGACUCGCAGCAAGGUCCCAAUCAGGCACUGGAGAUUCUGAACCGGUUCGGGCUCGAGCUGCAGUCACGUGACCUGCUCACGGGCAUGCCGAUCGACGUCCACUGCCAGCCCUCGUCCGCAGCCAUCGCUAGAUCGUGCUGAGACUGGUGGUGUCACUUGCGGGUGUGCAGGCUUUGCAACUGCACCCGGCUCCGCUGGCCGGAGGGGUCAAAUCCACCAAGGCUACGAAGAAGGGUGGGACAAAUUGGAUGACAGGGCAGGGCCCCCAUUUUCAUUUCUCACACCGCAGGGCCCAUGCCAACCAUUGCUGCGCCGCUGGCUGAGACUCGUACCUAUCAAGGUGGCAAGGACCCUUUGUCACCACUGAGGGAGAGAGGCCGGUUCGUUUCCUGAAGCGUGCGUCGUCAGAGGCAUGCGGAGUGGCUCAGAGGUGAGAGCGAUGAGUCAGCUCCACCCGUGUCAUGGGUUCAAAGCCAGGUGCCUGUGAAUAAACCGGGUUCUUAAGUGUAGUGAGUUGAUGGGCUCAGCCCGGCCACCAAUAAUUGCACUUUUUAUUUACAUUAAUAUUGGUUCUGUACAUAAUUUGGCGAGAUUCUAGUCCUGCAAUAAAAAAAGAUGGUCGAACUGUCAUAUCACAAGCAUUACUGUCAAGGGCAGAGCAGGUGGGAAAGUGCUGCUCCCUUCAGUGCUGGCCAGAGGCCACUUAAUAGGAUCUCAGAGGCAGCUCUGUGAUAUCCGCUUCCGUGGGCCAUUCUCCAACGAGAAGGGCUGAGUUGCUCUGCUAACAAUCUGAACAAAUGCUCCGUGGAUUAGGGGUAACUUUAGGGCACCUCAAAGGUGGCUCUGUGAUAUCCGAUCACGGCGACCGUCGCACUGCUCUUGCCAGAGAUCCGAUAACAUCAGCAAUGGGGCAAAACAACUAUUGCAACAACGGCAACAAAAUUCACCCCGCAAAAAAAAAAAAAACCCGCACGCGCCUUCACGGAAACGACGCGCCCAACUCCGGCACCGCUCCGCCCCGAAUCCUCCCCACAGGCGGCCGCGAUGCCCCCGCAUGAAUAAAACAUCGCGUCUGCAUUUCAAUUUCACCGAGUGCCUAAUUUGCCCCGUGGCAGUAGUUGCCGGCGGCGGCGCCGUGAUCAAUAAUUGAUAGGAACUCUUUGUCCUUGCAGCUGCAGGCGCAGCCACUGGCGCUGCCACUGCCACCCCGCUCCGCGGCAAACGUGCACCACGUUAAUAAUAAUUCACGUGCGGAAGCUCUUUGGGGGCUUGUGGAAGAAUCCCGCGUCCCGCAGUCGGUAUUUUGUAGUUUUUUUCGUGUUCGCGCCGUGUGGCUCUCCGUUGUGAGUUUUCGGGUCGCGCCGUGCGUUUGUUGUUUGGCAACGCAACGGACGUCACAGAGCAACGACUUCUGGAGAUGUCUUCAAGUGCCUUAGGUGCCGCUACUUUUCGGGCCGCUCUACCGCCGGGACUAAUGCUCAUCGUACGCCAGUCAGACCGAUACUUUAACAUUCUCGAGAGUUGUAGCCGAAUUAAGUGGACAACCGAAUUGAAUGCGUUCUCUGUUGUUGUCAUUAGAGACCAGGCAAAGAUCAUCGAUUGUAUUUAGAAUUAUAUUGUGACGUACAGUAUGCAAUUAUUUAUUAUAUAGUAUUAACUAUACAAGGGUUCGUUUGAGGGUUUGUUCGUUGGUUCAAGGGUCGGCCAGAGAUACGUUCAGUGAGCGUGAGAGACAGAUCGAAGGUCAGCCACAGUCUUUGUUGGUGGGUUCAUGGGUCAGACCGAAGGUACGUAGGUUCAAGGUUAAGCUUGAGGGCCAGUUUCAGGGUAACUUUGAGAACCCGAUUUAAUCACAGGUAGGUGCCUAGAAUCGUAUGCAGGAUCACUGCGGUUCCAGCUCACAACUCUCACCUCUCGGCCAUCCGGUCACAUCUAAAGUUACACGUUUUUAAACGUGUGACUGGGUCGGUGUGGCUCACUGUUUGAAGACAUUCGCCAGAUUUUAUCGAGGUCAAUUGGUCAAUUAAGCAUUUUAUUUAAACCGGCAGAGAGAGUGAGAGAGAGAGUCCAUUGGAGUGCAACGUGGGCGAAUGUUCCCUUUGGGCUCCGCUGGAAGUCUUGAGAUGCGCUCAAGUAGUUUCACUGUUUGGGAUCGUCCCACGGCAUUGUUAAAAUGUUACAAUGGAGUUACAGAUGCACUGCCCAAGGCAUCGCCCGACCGAGAAGGAGAACCUGUAUAUAUGUUGAACUUCUUUAACACCGUACGUAGCCAAUCGUGCUAAUCGGAGGUGCGGGGGAAGGACAAUAAACUAAACACAAACAGCAGUUCUAAAGAAAUAAUCCUGACCUGAACCACAUAGAGAUGAUGGUGACUUCUCGUGAUUCUGAUUGAAAGGCUGAACACAUCACGGGAUUAGCCCGAGUGAGUGAAUGAGUGGCUUGGAAACGCCCUGAUGUACGGCACCAUUAAAUCAUACAUCUUCUGAAAAAA